CGUAGCCCCGCUAUCUCACAACGUAUACAUUCUUCAAAAAAAAGUGUGACAUUUUUCUUUUAGCUAAACAGGGUCUUUCAUUAUUGCUGUGCCGGACUAUUUUGUGUCUUUUAUACACACCAUUAUUACAUUCUGCAAAUGAAAAGGAAUUCUACUAUCAACAGUAAUUUAGCUUGUCAUCCCAAUUGUAAACUCAGCACUCCUUAUUCCAAAAGCGUUGCCUAUGCAAACCUUUCACGCAGUGCGUCACAUCACUGUCUGGAACGUACCCUGAAGGGCGGGACUAACCUAAGCCACCGAGCAGCCUGAUUGGUCAGCUGAGCUUGUCAUAAGAGAUUCCGGAUGUCUGCUUUGUGACUGGGAUGGUAUCAUGGAGAGAAACAGUCAUCAAGAAGGAGAGGCACAGGGAGUGAAGAUAUGUGAUUCACCCCUGGAGAGCAAUCCACCUGCCGACACCUUGGCGACUUCUCUCUCCCUUUUGGGAAAUCACAUGUUUCCUGAUCUGGCGGAGAGAAACAACAGUACCACUGUUGACAAAGAGGAGCCUGCAGAUUUACACCUGUCGGCCGUUACAGCACAGGAGCAGAGUCUGGAUGCAGAACCGCUUUCUAACCAGGUAAAAAAGCUACAGACUGAGGAGACAGAAACCUCUGAGUAUCAGAACAAUGAAUCCACUGAGACAGCUGACAGAGGAACCGAGGUUGCUGCCACAGACAAUGACCAGAGCGAUUCUGGGGAAUUUGUCGUUACAAUGUUGGCCAAGGCCAAGCUGGAGGAGCAAGGUAUAGGUGUGAAGGGAAGGUCAUCUCCCUUAUUGGAGGCAGGCACCCAGGAAUCUCCUGCAUUUAUAUCUCAUCGUGAUGAGGAUGUGACAGCUGACAGCUGGCGGCAGCACAGGAAGCAUGUUUUUGUGCUAAGUGAAGCAGGCAAACCCAUUUAUUCACGAUAUGGCAGUGAGGAGGCUCUUUCAUCCACAAUGGGAGUCAUGAUGGCGCUGGUGUCCUUUGUCCAAAGUGGAGAUAAUAUCAUCCGCUCAGUCUAUUCAGAGGAACACACUGUGGUGUUCUUACAGAAAGGGCCCCUAGUGCUGGUGUGCGUCUCAAGCAGUCGUCAGUCUGAGCAACAGCUGCGUGGAGAGCUCCUCUACGUGUACUAUCAGAUCAUCAGCAUGCUCACCCAGGCCAGCAUUUCCCGCAUCUUUGAACACAAGAAAAACUACGACCUGAGGAGACUCCUGGCAGGGUCAGAGAAGAUCCUAGACGGCCUCCUCAACCUGGUAGAUUCAGACCCCAGCUUCCUGCUUGCAGCAAUACACUGCUUACCCCUAGCAUCCUCUCUCAGGGACUCUCUCAGCCAGAUCCUGCAGAAAGCUAUUACGCCCAAUCUAGUUUUCUCCAUCCUCAUUGCCAAGAACCAGCUGCUCACCAUUGUCCAAGAGAAAACUGUCAUCGAGGACACCAGGCUGGAACCCGCUGAUGUCCACCUCCUGCUCAACCUCAUCGGAGCCUCCUCUGCCUUUCAGGCGGGAGAGAUCUGGACUCCCAUCUGCCUCCCUCUCUUUAAUCCUGACUGUUACUUUUAUGCAUAUAUUUCUUACUUGGACCCUCCAGAAUGCACUGUUUGUUUGCUGCUGCUCUCGACAGACAAGGAGGCUUUCUACGCUGUAGCUGAGUGUAAGAGGAAGAUAGAGGAGGCCAUGGUGGCUCAGAACUCCCUGAGCCUCAUUGCCAAAGCCCAGUCAUACAGCGUGAGCCAGGUGGGCGUCUCAGACCUCAGACACUUCAUGUACAAGCCCUUUGAUGUGCCAGACAACUACCGCCAGCUCACUCAGUUCACCAGCCCAGAGAUGGAGGCACCAUACAGCAGUGAAGAGGAGAAAAUGAGACUGCUGGACCUUUAUCGGUAUAUGCACAGCCGCAUCCACAGCACCUCACGGCCCCUCAAGCUCAUCUACCACGUCGCUGAGAGAGAAACUCUGCUAGCAUGGGUCACAAGUAAAUUUGAGCUCUACACCUGCUUCAGUCCUCUGGUGACAAAGGCCUGUGCUAUUACAGCUAUCACUAAACUUUUAAGGUGGAUUAAAAAGGAGGAGGACCGUCUCUUCAUCAGAUACCCCCCAAAGUAUUCAACCACCCCAAAUCCCAGCAAGAGCUCUCGAGGUGGAAAAUCUGACCAGCAAGACUCCACAGAUAACGGCUUCUUAUCUCUUCUAUAGGACUUGCUUAGUGCUCCAAUAGAGGUGGCUCUGCCUCAUUCAUCAAUAGUUUGUACACUGGUUCCAAGAUAUUUUUGAACCCUGUUUUGACACCUGUUGGACUUGACAGACAUUGACUACUGGAAUCAAACACUACGUUUUAUGUUUAUUUAAGAAGGAAUUAUCUCUUUUGAAACUAGUAUUAUUUCCUUACCUUAACAAGAAAGCAUGUCAUUACAUCACUGCUUUCGAUCAGAAAACAGUCAGGGCAAAACAGCAUUAGUACGUUUUAAAUUGACCCGUGGUAGAAUAUAACUGCAAUGAUAUUUAAAUGUUUUUAUAUUGUUUUAUUACUGCAACACGAGAGAAAUAUUCCUCAUGGACUGUGAAUGUAUCACACAGAUGACAAUUCAUUCAUAUGCUAUAACAAGUCAUUGAGUCUUUCUUGUGUAAAUUUAAAUGAGGAGAAAAAUGAACCUAAUCUACAAACUACCUUUCUCAGACUAGUUGUCGCAUAGAUUUUUUUUUUUUUUCUUCCCUGACACACAAUCAUCCAAAUGUUACAAAACAGGAUAUGCAAGAACUGAGAGUAUGUUGUAUUUUUGGGCUCAGCAUAAACCGGAAUAACAACUCGAGCUGCCAGAACAGGGAUGGGCCACCAUGCGUUAUAAUGAAGCUUGAAUAGACAAAUUGUCCUAUAUGAAUUGGUUGGCUAUUCCAGUGACAGAACUUCAAAACAUGUUUUAUAUCCCACUAAUGUUUCCACUCAACUGAAAACGAGCAGGUUUAAUUCAUGUUACAUUUUGUGCAGAAAACAAAUAUCUCAGCCUGUUACACCUGGUCACUUUACAUGAUUGCCAUUUACACUGUUAUUGUUUUCAUUAAUACAAGUCCAUUCUUGUCAGUCUGGAGAUCAUCUGUUAAAAUAAGAAGUUGCCUCUGAGCUCAUGCAGUGUUUUUCUUCAGAUACUUCUAGUAUGAUUAUCAGUUGACACCUGAUGUAGUGAGUUCAGGUUCUUCACUUUUGGAUAAGUUUUGUAAAGAUGGUCUAUAAAGAGUAGCCACAUCCUUGUGUCCUCUGAGGAAUUUCCUGUCAAUCCAAGUCUUAAGAGUAUGUCUAUAGUGUUAGGAAAUAAAUCCAAGGUUGCACAAAUGUACACUUGUCCUAAUUAAGUAGAGGUGUAGUGAUUAAGCUUCAUUUAUUAUCUACCAGAAAAGGACAAAUUAACAUUAAGAAAUGCUUGAUUUUUUGCAGGUCUGUAAUUUACAUAAUAAUGCUCUGAGUUUUCCUGGAAAGAACUGUGUAGUUUUGUACUAGAUUUCCAUUUAACUGCUUGUGUAACUUAAGAUAUUCCCCCUACAAUUGGUACUAAAUUACAUAGCUCUUUCCAGGAAACACUAUAGGAAACUAAAAGGUAAAAUAAAGCAUUACCAACACUUA